AUGCGGCCUUGCAGAAAUUGUUUACAAAUCGGCAUCUUCAGUGCCCGAAUAGUAAAUGUCUUCUCGGGCACGCGUAUACCAAGCGUACACACGUCUACUCUUAUAAACACAUCAUGUUGAUAUUGCUUCCCGUCUUCCUUUUUUACCUGGUGCCCGACUUGAACGUUGCAAUGCAACGAUAAAAAGUUUUGUGCUAUCAGUACUCUCGAUCCACACCGCAAAACCUCGUUGAAGUUCUCAUUCAUUGGAAUUUAAUGCCUCGAGCCGUCAAAGUUGCGGUAGUAGGCACUGGAUUGGCAGGUCUCUCUGCUGCUUAUUUGCUAUCGGGUUCGUCUACGGAGGUAGACUUUGAGGUCCAUGUCUUUGAAAAGUCUUCGACAUUGGGAAUGGACUCGUCCUCUAUCACCCUACCUGUCCCAGGCAAAGAACAAAAAUGGCGCAUCGAUGUUCCAAUGCGGUCAUUUCAAUCAGGUUACUAUGAUACCCUCAUUUCUCUUUACAAACAUAUUGGGAUUUCAUUUCGGAAAACAGACUUUUCGUACUCGUUCUCGCGUCUAAUACCCGAGACUGUUUACGCGUCUAGAAAAAUCACUACAGAUGUGAUAUACAAUGGUAAUUCGGGAAUCGCAGGCAUGAGCAUCCCCUCAUCGAUGAGGUUAAACGAAAAAGUGCUUUCGUCGAUCCAUGCAGCAGCAAGCGGAGCCUAUGCUUAUGGGAUUUUCAUGUUGAUGUGCUUUAAAUUGUUGAUCUUGUAUAUCAGGGUCCUGUUUCUUUCUAUCCCCAUUUUCCGACCCCAGGGUGUCGAGGAAAUGACCUUCCGUACUUGGUCGGCAUCAACAACUCCUCGAGGCUUCAUAGCACAAUGUACGAUGCUGGAUCUUGCGUGGGUCGAAUUCACACAAGACUUGCUGGUUCCUCUCUUCUCCGCUGUCUGUACAGCCCCCGAAAGCAAUGUCUAUGAUCAUCCAGUCGAAGAGUUUCUGGACUACAUAUGGUUAACAUUGGGGUACCACCAUUAUGUAGCGCUCAAUGGUGUCCAAGAGGUUGUUUCGAAACUCAUUGCUGGCGUUCAGCACGUACAUUUAUCAUCACCUAUAUCAAGCAUCCGAAUGAAUCCUGAUGAUCCCACUACAUCGUCAAUACAUGUUUCCACCGGCAGCAGGGUUCAAAUUCACACUGGAUUCCACCAUAUCAUAUUUGCAACCCAGGCCAUCCGUGCUGUUCCACUCUUGGAGUCCUUUGUAUCAUCAUUACCUCCGCAUGCGAAGGCCAAACGACGUGCUGUGGAGGAACAAAUCGCUUGCCUCCGCCAAUUUACGUAUUGCUCAACUCUAGUGAUCAAUCAUACCGAUUCUUCAUUAAUGCCAGAUAAUGUCGAAGAUAAACGCGAUCUAAAUUUGAUCUCUCUCGACCAUGAUGCGCCUUCUCUCGUUACUGAUGUGAAGGAGGUGAAAUCAUCAAAGACAGAAGUAGAAGAUAGCUGGUCAUUACGGUGUUUGCCACCUUCAUAUACGAUGGCGACACAUGUUCUGACGCCUCCGGAAGGUUACCCUGCUCAUCUACCAGCCAUAUACCAAACAACAAACCCUAUAAUCGAGCCCCGAGAAACUAGGAUAUUGAGUGUAGCUACUUUGGAACGCGCCGUCCUAACGGUGCAAUCCAAGCGAGCACUCAAAUGUCUGUAUGUGAGAUAUAGCAGGAAGUGGUGGCACACUGCUAGUCAGGGAAAAAGUGGACUCGGGCCAUUGCAGGGAGCAAAACGAGGCAACGAACUCAAGCAGACGCCAGGGAUAUGGAUAUGUGGAUCGUUUGCUUACUCCGGUAUUCCAUUGCUAGAAGGAUGUGUAGUGAGUGCGAGAAACGUCGUCGAACAGGGUAUUUGGAAGAGUGAAGGUGUUCGAGGGCAUAUACCAUGGUGAAUUGGUUGGUUUGCAAUGUGUAUUAAUAAUUUGGAAAU